GCACGUUCAUAAUAUCCUCUAUGUAACCAACUUCUCCUUCUCCUUAAUAUCAAGUUUCUGGGAUUUGUUUAAUUUUUUCAAACGUACAGAUUUAAGAUUAAAGAUCUUUCCUUUGCAUUAAAGAUUGGUUUAGGAAUUCUGGCGCGGGGAAAAGCUGUUAAAGAUGAUAGGAGGAUUCAUCUCAAGAGGGUUAAUUCUGGUUCUUGGGUAUGCCUAUCCUGCAUUUGAGUGUUUCAAAACAGUGGAGAAGAAUAGAGUAGAGAUUCAAGAACUUAGAUUUUGGUGUCAAUAUUGGAUUAUUGUAGCGGUGCUGUCAGUUGUUGAAAGGAUUUUCGAUACCUUUGUCUCUUGGCUGCCAAUGUACGAUGAGUUGAAGUUGGCUCUCAUCAUUUACUUAUGGUAUCCCAAAACAAAGGGGACAAGAUAUGUCUAUGAAUCCUUUUUGCGGCCUUAUUUGUUGAAGCAUGAGAAGGAUAUCGACCGGAGUUUACUGGAAUUUAGGGAGAGAGCAUGGAGCCUGACCAUUUUUUAUUGCCAAAACUGCACACAACUAGGUUCAGCAAAGAUUGUGCAAUUCCUCCAUUUUGUAGCUUCCAAGUCUGCAAGGAGUAAUCCUAAAUCUGAGAAAGUCGAAAAUCAGCAAUCUAAUGAAGCUUCUCCACCUCCGCCUCCUCCUCCUCUCACCCCACCUAGUACACCAUCAAGAUUAGACAAGAAGAAUGAGAGUGACAGUCCAAGGCGGCCAAUUACACCAAGAACACCCUCCUUUCGUCGUGCCCAAACAUCUAAAUCCGAAUCCGUCCGAGUUCAGACACAAAACAUUGACACUAAGAAUGUUGUAAACCUGGAUGAGGAUACCGGUUCGCCUAUGGAACGACAUUUACAUGAUGCCCGGCUUAAGCUUAGGAGAUUCAAAGCUAGCGACUAA